GAAUUUGACAAUUUAAUUGUCAAAAUUUUGCAGCAUUUAAUGCAAUGAUUAAAAUAACUUUUAAAAAUUAAUAAUAACUAAAAUGAAAACUAUAAACCGUAAAUUAUAACAUCAGUAUUAUUAACAUUAAAAGACUGAUUUUCCAGCUGUAUAAAUAAUUAUCAAAAUGUCCGAAAACGUUGAACUUCAGCAGUUGGUCGACGAAGAUUUUGAAGAGGAAUUCAAAAUCCAAGAACCAAAACCUUGUUGCCGCUGUCCCUACUUAGGACUAAUCUUAGCUACAUUAAGUUCGCUAUUUUUUUCAUUAUGUUCUGUGAUCGUUAAGUGGAUGACUGACGUCCAUCCUAUGGCUUUAGCAGCUUAUCGGUAUUUGGGGGUACUUUUGCCAGCCAUACCGAUCAUAAUAUAUAGGGAAGAAACAGUUUUCCCAAAAGGAAAACGCAUAAUGUUACUCUUAAGGUCUUUUACUGGCACAGUAUCGUUAAUGCUGAGUUUUUAUGCCUUUCGACAUAUGCCUCUCGCUGAUGCCUCUGUAAUAGUGUUCUCUGUGCCUGUCUUUACGGGUAUUUUUGCCAGAAUGUUUUUAAAAGAACCCUGUGGGUUAUUUAAUGUAUUUUCCGUGAUUCUAACUUUAAUCGGAGUCGUAUUAAUAACAAGGCCUCCUUUGCUAUUCGGAAACACUAUAAAUUCACUUGGUGAUAAUGGUCAGAAGACUGAAAUGUGGGGUGCCGUUGCAGCAUUUUCAGCUACAUUAUUUGGGGCCAACGCCUACGUUUUACUAAGGGCUUUAAAAGGAAUACACUUUUCUGUUAUUAUGACAAACUUUGGUGCAUUUGCAUUUGUUCAGUGUCUUCUUGUUACAGUUUUGUUGGGUGCUCUAUGCUUACCCUCUUGCGGGUUAGAUAGAUACCUUAUAGUAGCCUUAGCAAUUUUUAGUUUUUUGGGUCAAAUUCUGCUCACAGUAGCUUUGCAAAUGGAGCAGGCGGGUCCUGUUGCUAUUGCGAGAAGUAGUGAUAUUGUUUUUGCUUUUAUUUGGCAAGUUAUGUUUUUCAAUGAAGUACCUAAUCGGUUUUCUAUUGGGGGUGCUAUAUUGGUUUUAAGCUCAGUGCUCCUAAUUGGACUCAGAAAGUGGGUUUUAGCUUUGCCUUAUGAUGCGAAAUUGAGAAGGAACCUGAGUUUCUUGACAAAAUAAUGGAAUUACAUGCCACACAAUAGAUAUCCGUUAAGAGGUAGUGUUCAUUUUUAUCUACUUUUAUUAAGACAGAUUCCGUAGUUCCUUUAUUACAUUAUUUUAAAUGCAAUUAAGUUGUAUUUGUUGUUGUUGAUUACGUUAAUGUUAGAAUUACACUAUGAUCCUUAGAUAACAUGUUCUAGUCAGAUUUUUAUAGAAUUUUAGUUAAAUCAACUGAAGCAGGUGUCUACAAUGUACAUAACCUAAGCAUUUUAUAUUGAUGUCGCUUGUUGACUGUGUCUACUUAACCUUUCAGCAAGAGCAACAUGACAAUUCUCUAUUGAAUCAUGUGUGAAUUGUCAGUUUGCAUAGUAUUUUGGGCUUACAUUAUAGAAUAUACAUUAGAAGUCUAAAGAAUAAUCCUUUUUAAAUGGUGCUAAGGCACAUACGAUUCGUUAAAAUUGGAAUUUUUGGAUUUAACUGAAAAUUUCUAUAAUAAAAACAAUAAAAAAUAAUAACUAUAAAAAUCUUAACAUAUUUUUAUAAAAAAAAAACAGAAACCAUCAGAAAUAUAAUAUGCAGUGAGGCACAUGGAGUUGGACUCCGUAAUAAUCCAUCUUGGGCAUGUGUUACUGUUUAUGUUGCCCACUUGUACUAAUUUUAUAUAGCAAUUCUUAAGAAGGUAAUCUCUAUCAAAAUGUGUAGUUCCUGAAUUUAUCCAAAAUACAUCAGAAACCAUUUGUAUGCAGACUACAUGUGCCCAACGAAAAGUUAAGAAAGAAUGACCAGCAGUGAAUAUUAAAAAAAAUUCAAUUCAAUUCAAAUUAAAAAAAAAAUUCGCUGAAAAUUUCCUUUUUUUUUUAAACAAACAUAAAUUCAAAACAGAAGACUGAGUAAGAGUGCAGCAAGAACAGGAAGCCAGGUUUCAUAAAUUUGAUGAAAUUAAAUCUGUCUUCCGUCAUCCCUAAUUGGGACAUCCCUAUUAUACAAUCUCUCAUUUUUUAAAAACUCACUCUGCCACCAUCUUAUAAUAAUCAUAUAUGCCUGUUUAGAAUUAUCUUUCAACAUUGUUUGAUGCUUUGUCCAUUCCUAUCUUUUUAGUAUAAAUUGUACAUAUUUCUAUACUGACUUUCUGUAAUUUCUUUGGUACAUGUAUUGCGUCUAUAAAUAUACUAUUCUGUUAUGGCUUUAUAGAUAGUAGUAAUUUUCGAUUUUGAGUGUUAUUUCUUGAGUUGGGAGUUUCAAUUUUCUUCAUUUUUCCCUCCAAAUAAUGCAAAUCCAGAGGCUAGUCAUUUUCUUGUGUUUCUAGUAAAGUUUUGGAAGUGGGGUUUCCAAAAACUGGUAUCUUCUAUUAACUUCUAUCUAAAUUUCAGAAGUAUUUAUACGCUUCUCUUAUAUUAUUACUUUACAGGUUCUAUUUUAUGUUCUGUAUUUUUUACUUGCAUACUUUAUCCACCCUACAUUGUGGUUUUCCAAAACUUAUUAAUAUUUAUCUGUUCUUCUUUUCAUAUACAGUGGAACAUCGAUUAUCCGUCUCUCCAUUAACCAUCACCUCUGUUAACCGUCAGGGUACAUACAGAAGUUGUAUUGACUACAUAAGCAAACAUUUUAAUGUAAAAAAAUAAAAAAAAAGAAAGUUAAUUUGAUUUGUGAUGAGGAUACAAACGAGUAUCCAUUGCUGACAGAUAAAGAAAUCGUUGAAAUGGUAACGAAGGAGGACCAAACAGAUUCAGAAGCUGACACAGACUUGGAAUUUAACUGUAGCUAUGUUGAUGAACCUAUUGUAACUGACAAAGAUUUGGGUAAACAAUCUAGAGAAGCUGCAUCGCAUAUUUAUGCAAUAAUUCAUAGGGUGGUAUUCUCAACAAGAAGAAGCCAAUAAAGUAGAUUGCAUGAUCUUAUGCCGAUUAAUAAAUUCAGCCGUCGCAAAAUGUGAACAACAGUAAAACAAACAAUGAUUUCAGAAUAUUUUAAAUUGAUUCGAUUGUACGAACACAAAUUCCUCUUAUUUUGUCAAACAAACCAUACAAAUGAAAUUUGAGAGUUGUACUAUAAAUUUUUAAUUUUUUUUUAAUGUUCUGUUAACCGUCUUUUCGAUUAUCCAUCAUACCCUUGGUCCGGUGCCCUGACGGAUAAUCGAGGUUCUACUGUAUUCCUCAUAUGCUUCUUUAGCUCAUAGUUUGACCAAAUCACAUUCUUCAGUUUAACAUUCUCCCCUUUUUCUUGUUUUUUGAUAUUGUGCACAUAUGUUUGAUCUCUACCAAUAAGUGAUCAGAUUCAUAACAUGCUUUCAUUCAGUGUUAUAUAUAUUAUUUUCAUACCUUCCAUAUUUAUAAUAUUUAAGAAUGUUAUUGUAGACACUCUGUAAACACAAGCAGUUUUUAUUUGUAAUCAAAAUCCCCUUUAAUCAUAUUUUUUAUAUUCAGUAAAUAAUUAUUUUUAAAUCCUGUCGGUAUCAGGUUAUGACUAAAUACAAAGAAGAAACAUUGCAACAAAUCCUUUACGAUUUAAGUUAUUGUACAAGUAAUUUAACUUUAUACAUAACAAUUAGUUCAAUCUGAAUCUCAUUUUCCUCCUAAUAUUACUAUUAAAGUUUGUUUUCAUUAAAAAAGAAUGCAAUGAUAAAAAUAUUCUGAAACUGUUUUCUUAAGGCCGGUGUUAAAUAGGGAUUGAGACUGUAUUGAAAAUUACAUUUUAUAAUUUGACCUUUCGAUUGAAAUCGUUUUCAAAAUGAUUAUUUUAAAAUAGUAGGCUCAUGUUAUAACAAAGUUGCUUGGCGCUUUUUGUUUAUACAAAAUUUGACAUGUGGCUUACUUGGCCUCGAUCUUGUGGUCAAAUAGCCAUGCUUUUAGUUGAGAAUUCUGAGAGUGAUACCUGCAUCCUCAGGAUGAUAUCAAAUUCUGAUUGUUUUUCUUCUUUAAAAAAUUUAUUCAUAACCUGAUACCGACCUUAAAAAGAUAUUAAGAAGCAUUAGAAAAACAAAUCAUUAUUUAAAACAUUAAGAUUUUUCUCUAGUGUCUUCACAAUUGUCUCGAUUUGAUCAUUUUUAGUAGGUAAACAAAUUUCAUACAUUUUAUAUAAGUGGUGCAUAUACUAUACUUACGAACUUUACAGUCUAAGACAAAACUUUUUAAGGAAUAAAAGAACAAAAAAUUCUAGUCAUUUCUAGUUAGGUGCCGAUUUUUUAUAUAUAUUUGUUGUAAUUGUUGAACAUAUCAUUUAUCAAAAUACUCUACUAGGUACUACUUUAGAUUUAAGUGUAUUUUGGUCUGUCUUUUCUUGUUCGUCUUGAUUUCUUUCUAUUUAUUAUAUCUGUAUGUGUUUCGAAUUAGAUACAUUUUUUCUAUGCAUUUUAUAUCUUUCUCUGUACAUUGCUUGCCAAUCCGAUUCACUUUUUUACCUUUAUUUCUAUAGUUCUCAAUACCUUUGUCCUAAACUAUUUUUAUAAUUGUUUCUUAACAAUAAAUUCAUACACUUCGUCUUCUACUUUUUUUACAGGCAUAUUGUCUGGUUUUCGUCAACAUUGCUUGAUAUUCUAUCAGAUAUUCUAACUAUGCUAUAUUCUGCCAUUCUGUUAAUUCACCAUUUCGAAAUUGCACUCAUUUAUUUACUUUGUUGUCUUGUAUUGUGUUUUUUUAGGAAUCAUGACAAAAUUCAUUAUAUUUCCGGAAGAACGGAAAAUCUGACAACAAUGUAAAUACUAAUUUUUACUUUUGAGAUAAUUGAGUUUUUCCAUAUUUACAACCCACUUUUCUUCUUCUUAAAGUGCCCUCUCCCCAAUAGAGGUUGACUACUACAAUUGCAAACUCUUGUCUGUCUUCAGCCGUUCUUAUUAGUUGUUUAAAAUUUAGCCUUGUCCAUUGUCGGAUGUUUCUUAACCACCAUAGUCUUUUUCUUCCUAGUUCUCUCUUUUUCUCGAUCUUUCCUUUCACUAUUAGUUGAUCAUAUUGCUACUUAUUAUUUCUCAGUAUUUGGUCUAGGUAUGAUGUUUUUCUAACUUUAGCUGUGUUUAAAAGUUGUCGUUCUUUGCCUAUUGAAAGUAGCACUUCUUUGUUUGAGGUAUGCGAUGUCCAUGAAAUUUUGAGGAUUCUUCGGUAGAUCCACAUUUCAAAGGCCUCCAAUGCCUUUAAGGGUCUAUGUCUCAACUGCAUAGAGAAGAGUAGAUCAGACGUAGAAUUUUGAUAAACGUAGUCGAAUUUCGAGUUGUAUUCGAGAAUCACAUAGCAGUCUUUUGAUUUUUUCGAAAGAUUUUCUGGCCUGUUCUAUUCUCGAUCUUAUUUCUAGAUCAGAAUUUAGGCUGCUAUCGAUUCAACACCCCAGGUACUGAAAUUUAUUAACUUUUUCUAAAAUGUGCCCGUUUAUUGUGGAAGAUUGAGGUACAUUCUGGUUUUUUCGAAUUGGCAUCCUUUUGGUUUUCUUAAUGUUUAUUUUCAUAUCGGAUUGCUGACAGUCUGGUUCUGUCGAUGAGUUGUUGCAGAUUCAAGUCGGAAUCCGCAAUCAACACCGUAUCAUCGGCAUAUCUGAUGCUGUUGAUGGUUACGCCAUUCACCUUGACUCCAUUCUUGGAAUCUUCUAGUCUACAACUCACUCUAUAUUGGAUUUAAUAUAAAACUUUUAUAUUAUUUUUAUUUUUCUCUUUCUAUUUUAUUUUUUAAAAUUUGAUAAAUGAUUUUGAUUGUUUUUUAGUACAUUUAUUUAAUGAACAAUAUUCCCAAAGAAAUUAUCGGCACCAAAACGUUGUUGAGUAGUACCUAAAAGCCAGUGAUCAUUCUUUAUUGUAUUUUCAUUACUUUUUGAUGUAAAAUCUUUAAAGGACCAAGAAACUACUUGAAUAUAUCCAGUAUUAUUAGUUUAUUUCGUUUUGUUGUCGUAUUUUAGAAGAUGUAAUAUUUUUUUAAAUAUUUGUCUUGGUUUAUGAUUUAUAUACACGUUGCUAUCUAUACGAACCAUAUCAAUCUGUAUAGAUUUUUGCUUAAUAUGUGUGGUGUAAGUCCUACAAUUAUUUAUGUUAAUUAUUUUAAGCAUUGUUAAUACUGAAAUCUUAUGAUACAGUUUAAAUUGAAGGUGAAUAAGAUUGUGUGAUCUCUAUUAUUUUAGCAGAAGAGGUACAGGGAGGAAGAGACACUCGUGACUCCAAAGCUUGCGGCAAUGGGUCGGAUUGCCGUCUUCCGAACUAUUCAGAUCUGCCGUAAACAAAGUCAGAAUAGCCAUGUUAAUUGCCAACGUUCGGAAUGAACAAGGCACGUGAAGAAGAUCUUUAUGUAACAGAUGGUGUUGUUUACUUUCGGAUCCAGAUUCAGAGAUGCAAAUACAAGAGAAAGCUUUUGCGAACAUCUCCAGAGUAGUGAUGUUGAAAAAGUAUCUAUUCAUUACAAAGUACUCGUUACUUACGAAUACCGAAAGGAACGAUUACUAUAGCGAGAGGCUAUUACUAGAACCUUCAAUGAAGUCGAAGUGAAACUGACAGAUGCCCUGGGAGACUUAGCUCUAUACUAUGAUAAAAACCAUCUGAAACCCAAUCCCACAAAAACCCAGGUAUGUGCUUUCCACCUGAGAAACAAGCAUGCCCGAAGGUCGCUGGAGGUGGAAUGGCGUGGUCAGAUGCUGGAACACAACAAGACGCCAAAAUACCUUGGCGUCCGUCUGGAUAGAACUCUGUCUUACCGAUACCACUGUCAAGAUGUCAAGAAGAAAGUAAGUGCCAGAAAUAAUAUCAUCCGCAAGCUAACUAAUACAAAAUGGGGAGCACAACCACACACUCUCCGCACUUCUGCCUUGGCAUUAUGUUUUUCGGCCGCGGAGUUUGGAGCACCAGUAUGGGCAAACUCCGCUCACGCAAAGAACGUCGACGUGGCUCUAAAUGAAACGGUCCGUAUAAUAUCGGGUUGCCUGAAACCGACACCUAUCGAAGAGGUAUACCCCAUUGCUGGAAUUGCUCCACCACCUAUCAGGAGGAAGGUCACGUCAGAGGUAGAACGGAAAAAGCAGGAGACGGACCGAAGACACCCCUUAUAUGACCACCAAACUCAGCCAAGCAGACUAAGAUCUCGGAAAAGCUUCCUGAAAACAUCAAGAUCCAUCCCCGAAGCGCCAGAGACGCGCCGAAUACACCUAUGGCAAGCGUCAGCUACCGCGACACAUUUUCCUCCCUCGGAGGAAAUGGCUGCUGGACACAAUUUACCGUAUCCGACUUGGAAAGCGCUAAACAGACUAAGAACCGGCGUUUCACGUUGUGCUAGUAACCUGAAAAAAUGGGGAUACCAGGAGGACGAUACCUGCAACUGUGGCGCGGUUCAGACCAGCCGGCAUCUACUAUCAUGCACAGAGAUGAGAGAGACCUGCACAGAACAAGAAUUAAUUAUAGCAAAUGACAGGGCCAUCUAUGUGGCCAACCAUUGGAAAUACAGAAUUUAAAGUUGUUGGUGUUCCGGACACGGAAAGUAAGUAAGUACCGAGAGGCAAAUCGUUACUUUGAUUACUUUGAUUAAUCUGAUUACUUUGUACCAAUCGUAUCAGAGCGAGUACCUAUUUGAGUACCUAUUGUAUCUACAAUCGGUUGAUAUCGGAAUCGAACCGGUAUUCCACGAGUUUUCGGUAUCAGUACAGUUAACUAAAAUUUUAUCUAUGAAGGGCCAAGGCUAUGGAGACUAUGAAGAGUUUUACAGGAUUACAGGGCACUUAGAAGUAGCUGAAACAGAGGGAGGUAUAUCAUUUAACAAAGCAUGCACCCAGAAACAGAUUUAUAUACGAUUUGUCGAGGUAGAUAAUUCACAGAAUUUCACAAAUGUUCGUUCCUUUGAAAAUAAAAAUGCAACACAUUAUAUUUUAAUAAUAAAUACACACUGCUCUUAUAUUAGGCCUAGAAAAAAAAGCUUAGAUUGACCGGAAAAAAUGUAGAAAUGAUAAUAUUUCUAGACUAUGAACCUCAACUUUAAUUUUACAUGUAGGUAUGUUGUUUUUAUUAGACCAGGGCAUUUAACACUAAAAACACACGAAUAAAUCCAUUUUUAAAUAUAGUAGGUACAUAGCGACUUACAACUUUUUGCAUUGUAUUUAGGAUUAGGUUGACGUCUGGAAAAAAGUCUACAAUAGAAAAAUGGGUGGAAAUGCAUUAUUACAUUUUAAAGUGUAUAAAACGCAUCGAAAAAUGCAUAAACAUGUUAAAAUCAGUAUAUUAAGGGCCAGAUUUUCUUAUUUCGGGGUAAUUGGGGUCACUGAACACGAAUAUGCAUUCAGAACCGACCUCGGAAGCACCUGGGUGCCCAGGAUUACUGCUAAGGUACGUCAUCUAGAGUUUCGAGGGUUUGUUUUUGGCACUUAAUUGAUUCAAACAGAAUAAUUUUUUUAAUUAUUAAUUAGCCUGGACAAAAUUAUGUCGAAAUAUACAGGAAAUAGCUUCAGAACAACAUUAAAAUUAUGUCGGGCACCCCUUGUUUUUAAUAAUUUUUAACAUAAUAGAUUACAUAUAAUUUAAUUUCUAUCCAUUAAAUAGAUCGGUGAUGGUGGUUGUUAUAUAGGAUCUUAUACUUAUACGAAAUACUGAGAAAUGAGAUUCUCGAUAUUAUUACCGGUACUCAAAUACAAAAGUAAUCAUAGUAAUCAAAGUAUCCUACUAGGUAAUACUAAUACAAAAUAUGUACUAACAAAUGCGAUUCUCGAUAUGAUUACCGGUACUCAAAUACAAAAGUAAUCAAAGUAACGAAUACUGUAAAUGAUUAACUAUAAUCAACAUCACUACUCCAGAGCAGUCAACGAAAUUUCACAAAAUGAAUAUAAUAUGUUCAUUAUUGGUGACUUUAACGCCCCUGUUAGUGCUGACAUAGUAGCAGGGAUAAAACAAUGGUAUAACGAGUAUGUGGGAAAUGAAAACAAUCAAUCUUCUGACGGACUUCUGCAGCACAAAUGAAUUAAUAACACUUUUUUUCCUCACAGAGAACAACCAAGUAUACCUUUGAAAAUACCAGAGAACAAAGAUCUAUGAUCGACUAUAAAUAAUAUAUUUAUAUGUGUAUCACAUUUGUAUGUGUACCUAAUUGAUUUGUAUCCUAAAAUUUCAGUGUUAUACCUAUAUCGCAUUGGCAUCAAAAAUAUCUUUUGUAUCAUCUUUAAGAAACUUAGCACAAACUUUGUUACAUAACAAUCAAGUAUUUUUAUAGCAAAUGUUGAUAACGUAGGAGCCCCUUAAACAUAUUUAUAAACCAUUAUAGAUUAUUACCUACCUACAUAGUGCUUAUAUGCGCUUUUUGUCAUUUUUUGAUUUUUUACUUUUCGAAUGAUCUUUAAAUGAGUUUCGGUUUUUACAAGCAACAUGUAUAUAGACAAACGUUUUGGAAUGUUGAAUCUUUUUAUAUGUAGGUAAUUUAUUACUACAAGAUACUUGUACUUUUGAAGCAAUGUAAUGCAGAAUUAAAUAUGAUGAAAGCACA